CUGGGUUGUGGGUUUUUUUUUUUCCUUUUUUUUGUUUUUAAAUACUUCUAUAAUUUGAUAAUGAAAAACAGCUGAGGUAAAGGGUAGCUGGGGGUGUAGGGGGAAAAAAAAAAAAACCAAACCCAUCUUUUUCUAGUACUUCCCUCAGGGGAAAAUUUUUGUCAAUCAGCAGACAGAAUUUUUUCUGUAAACACUCUCAUUUCAGGCGCUUUGGGUCAUGCUCAUAUAAGAUUAAUCCUCCCUGAGGUGCUUGAGUCACUGUUUUGGGUCUUUUUGGUUUUGUUUCCCCCCAAAGUUUCAAAAUUCUUACUUGAUUCUGAAUGAGAAUAAAGAAGUUUUAGAAUAGUCAAAGUGUUAAAAGACCCUGAAAAAUAAUUCUGGGGUUUACAUCCAGUUUAGACACAUCCGCAAAAUAUUUAUUAAUCUCUGCUUUCCCUUCGACAAUUCCCUAUUUUACUUCUCCUGACUGUUCCUCCCAUCUUCAUCAUCCUCUUGGUGCUCAAUAGAGUCAAAAAGGGACUUUUGGGUCUUUUCCAUCAUCUCUACCCAGCCAGGGACUGAGAUUUUUGAGGAUUUUUGAUUUUUUUUUUUAUUUGUUGAUUUUUUUUUAUUUCUCUUUUUAAAAAUUAUUUGGCAUAUUUGCUUCCUGACUUAGUCUCUAACAUUAUUUUUGCAUGAGGAGGAGGAAAAGGGGAAAGGAAGGUUCGCCCCAUGAUUUUUGGCUCAUGUGAUAGAUGAGGACAAAGAGGGGGGAGCUAAAAAGAGAAAUGGGGGAAGUCCCACGGGGUGAAAAAGCUGAGAUUUUUUUUUUUAGGUAAAACCUUUAGGAAACAGAAUUUUCUUUGCUCGUGGAAGGGGAAAGAGCAUGUUCUGGAUCACAAGACCCAGAGAUGGAGGAACCGUGACUCAGACCAUUUGCAAGACCCAAAGUAUCUCAGUUUAGGUGGAGAAAGAAGUCCACUGAGAUUUAAUAACAAAGUAGAACACAGACAUUAAAACAUAAUUUUAAUUAUGGUGCAUUUCAGAGCAGGAGUUUACAGCUGGAAUUUGGGAGGAGACAAGGUCCCCCUGCUAAGGAAUAGUUCCCAAAAGUAAAAAAAAAAAAAUAUCAUUUUAUUCCAUGUGGAGAAGAAUUUUUGAUGUUUCUCACCCAAAAUGACAGCAAGUCCACCUGGCAAGGGGACGAGACUGACCUCUUGUCCUUUGGGCAUCAAACGAUGCCUGUCCUGUAGGAAGGCUCUUCCCAAAGAUGCCUUUGAUGCGCAUCACCCAAGUGCUCAGAUGAGGAGCUCCACGAUGGCCCAAUAUGGGGAGAUUGCAUUAAAAAUCCCCUUCAUCCUCAAGAAAAAGGAAGGAAAAAAAACAUCUUUUGGGCCAACAGCCUGGACCUGGAGCCUGUUUCUCCCCUCGGUAACCCCUGUAAAGGCGUUGAAGGUCUCUUCUCCUGCAGGUUACAGCCUUGAGAUGAAGCCGGAGGCGCGUGUUGCCUGUCAGGUGACCAUGGCAGUGCUGUUCAUAGCUCUGCUCGUCACGGCCAUCACUUUUGCAGUGCAGGCUUUUCAGCCUCGACCCCAAACCUGUUUUCGGUGUCCGUUCGACUGGAUUGGGUACAGAGGAAAAUGCUACCAUUUUUUGGAGGCUGAGGGGAACUGGACAUCCAGCCAGGACAACUGCUCAGCACUUGGUGCUUCCUUGGCUAUGCUCGACAGCAUGGAGGACUUGAGCUUCGUGAUGAGAUAUAAAGGGAUCUCGGAGCAUUGGAUCGGCCUUUCACGGGAAGAUGAGGAGCAGCCGUGGAAAUGGGUGAACCACUCGCAUUUAUCUCACCCGUUUCGGAUCCACGGCGGUGGCCUCUGUGCCUUCCUGAGCGACAGCGGGCUCGACUCGUCCCAUUGCAGCGCCCGGAGGAGCUGGGUUUGCAACAAGCCCGAGCUGCAGAGCCCAAGCAAGGGCAACGCCACGAGACGGGCUCAAAACCUUUGCGUCAGCUCCUAGGAAGCGCUCCUCAACCCCAAAUACGCGGUGCACGACACAAAACCAAAAGAAAACCUAAAAUAAAAACCCCCACAAACUGGGGACAGGGCGGGAAGAAGUCUGUUGCCCAAAGUUACUCAGUAAAAUCCAAAGUUGAUGUGUUUGUGUUUUCACAUGCGGUGAUGACUGAUAACCACGCCGCAAUGAAAUGUCACAGCAAGAGCAAAAGCGAAACCACAGUUCUACCCGUAACCCGGGGAAGGACGUCUGGCAGCAGAAGCUUGACAAGAUGUCUGCAGCAUUGCAUGAUGCAACCAGAAAAACGGAAGGACGCCGUAGGAUUUUAGCUCUUCCCACUUUUUGUGGAGUUAAAGCAGCAAGCUUCAGGCUGAGAAAAGCUUCCCGACACCUCACAAGUAUGUGGAAAUGCUGCAAGGAUGGACAACGCUGCAGGACAUCCCAGAAUUUACUGCUCUCAUCUGUGGGAAACUUGAAGACACAAAAGCAACCGCGUGAACCCGUGACCACGUGUGUCUGUAUCAAGAGCAAGACGAAGAGAUUUCCACACAUCAAAAAUCAGAUUAUUCUCUCCACGGACACAGUUCUGAGAGUGGGGUGGCACCAGGAUUGGGGAGGAUCUGCCAAGUUGAGGUUGGAGAGAGAGAGGGAGACGUCUUCACCUGAAUGUGAAGAUGAGGUUAGAGAUAAAAAAACCCACAAGGUUUUUGAAGAAAAGGAGGACUAAAAGAAAAGAUUUUUCACAUUUUCGUGGAACGUUGUGUCCUUGGAAGACUUCCGAGCAUCUCAUCUUGACGAAAGCUGACGUGUGCGCAUGGACAACCGCGUCCAGGGAAGACUUUUUUGAUGAGCACCUCAACUCGGGGACUGUCGGUGAAGGUGGAAACGUGAGGGCAGUGGGAUUUUAGCAGCACUUUCACUUUUGGCAAUAUUUAGCAGCAAGAGCUAAAGGACCCAGCUUUUUCCCAGGAUUGAUGAAAUCCUUUGUUUUCUCCUCUUUUAGCGAUUCGGUGAUCGUUGUCUCCUCUUUGCGGCAAGGGACCUCGCACCGCGUGCGCUUGUGCUUCAAUUCAGAAUUUUUUUUUUUUUUGGUGCUUCUCAGACCCAUUCUGCCUGCAAAAGUGUUGGAAAAUGGGACGUUAAUUUAUUAUAUUGUGCGUUUAGCUUAGGUGACUUCACUUGCAUUUCCAUGGAGUUGUACAUGUCCCACCCUUUCCUUAUUUAAGGGCAAACACUAAAAAAUGAGAAAAGAAAGUGCCUAGAAUUACAUUUAAUAUGUGUAUAUUAAAUUAACUAAUUAAAUCUCUGCUGUUAAUGAGGAAAUACCGAGUGUUUAUUGGCCUCUCUGAGAAAAAGAGUAAAGAAAAGGAACCUGAUUUUUGGGGAGAUCUUUCCACGUGCCUUGAACCCGCAGGAUUCACCCCUGCGGGAUCGAUCAGAUGGAGGUGGAAUAGCUGCAAUAAAAACACCGAGUGUAGGAUUUCCCCAGAAAUUUCCAAAAAUCAAUGGACAAAUUAGGCAAAACUUUGCCCUUUUGUAUUAUUUUUUUUAAUGUGUUUUGUGCUUUCUCUGUUUUUCUGUGUCAUUGCACCCCGGAGCUUCUUUUAGCAUCACUGAGCUCUCUGGGCAUCCAAAAAGCAAAUUAUUUUUUAAAGAU